CUUUAUUCUGUUAUGGACACAGUAUGUUCUCUAUUGUGUUGAAGGGUUAGGGUAAGAGUUAAUAUCAGUUAUACAAUUAUCAGAUAUGCUCUAUGCUAUUAUACACAGACACAUAAAUUAGUGAAAAAUAAUAAUACUCACACAAGAAGGUAGCAGCUCAGGUGAAAACUGAGUUGUAGGUCAAACUGGGUUGAAUUUAUACACAAAUUCUUCUGUGAGUAGGAGUGGCACACAGGGGGGAUAAUUGCUUGAUUGGCUGAUACUUUUUUAAAAUAUUUUCUGUAAAGGCACUAUGUCAUAGCAUACGCCUGAAGCAACUUGUAAUAAUCAUUGUACUUCUUGAUUAGAUAUGGACAGCAGAUAGAAGGUAAUUGUUGUCUAAUUACAGCAUAGUGAUUGCACACAUACCUACUUAUCUCAAACCUAUGUCGACUACCUGGUACUGUAGACGGAAACAGACAACCCUUCUAUUGUUUUGUAUUGUGUCAAACUUUUUAUUUUGGGUGCAAUAGACAUCCAGACCACUAGAUGGUGAUGUUAACACUAUUGUGGGGACUAGAGGGAAACAGCACAGGCGCAGCUUCAGAAUUAAACAAGCUGCGGCAAGACAGGGGUCACGUCUCAAUUCUCUUUCCUAGCUUCCUUUUCCUUGAUUCCUCUCCUCGAUCCUGCAUUUUUCAGCUGUCAGUCAAAUGUGUCACAUUAAGUGGGGUCCCAAAGAAAACCCCAGAAGGAAGGAGUAAACAUGAGGGAGGUUUCAGGAGGCAGACAUCAGAGAAAAUUAUCAAACUUUAUUGGUCUCUCAGAGUUUAUAUCCUCUCUCCUCACUGUGUCUCCUCUUUGGGUGAGACUUCCUCAUCCAUUUCCUGCAGAAUAAAGGAGAGGCAUCAAGGAGGAGGAAGUGAGGUAAGAAAAAUGAGCCAUGGUCCAUGGAUUUAUCCACCUUAUUCCGGAAAUUGCUGUGGGUGCUGCUAUCAUCAAUUUAUGUUGUAUUUUUUUGUAUGGGGCUGCCGAUCUUGACAGCAAAUAAGUUCAAUUUAAACUAUAAAACCGUUUUAAAGCCCCCAGAGAACAGGUGCACUGCUGACUUGUUGGAGCACAAAAAAUUUAACAUUUUACAAAAAUGAACUGACUUUAUGUUAUAAAAUAUUUAAUAUUUAAGAUACAAUACCUUUCCUAAAUUCUCUACCGAUAUGAAUGGGAUCCUCGUUUAAUCAGAAAUCGGAAGUGCCACCACAAAAAAAACAAAAACAAAAGGAUUACGAUCAUUUAGAGACAAAAAGAGGCUGGGCCGCCCAUUCAAGUCAAUAGGCCGAAUUGACUAGAUUAGCCUAGCCCAGCUAGGUACUUCUGAUGGCUCUCUGCCCAUUGAAUAUGUGCAGUAGUGCUCUUCUCUCAUGCAGGCUCACGAUCAGAGUGAAAGCUGUUUAAUGAUUAAAAAGCUGUUUUUAAGACAACUGAGGGAUUUUGAGCUGAGAAAAAGUUUAUGAUCUGAAAAGAGGUAAAAAUUGCCACAAAAAUCCAACCUUUUUGAAAACUGUAGGUGCCCUGUCAACCGAACAUGAGCAGUCUGUGAUGCGCUCUAUGGAAACCUUUCUGGGCAGGGGGGAUUUUUCUUUGCUGAAGUUUCAGUGAGUGACCACUACGCCAACUAAGUUAGCAAUACCCUAGCACUGACUCUCUUUUGGGUUUUUUGGGGGGUUUAUUUGUCAUUAUUGGAAAUCGUAGACAAUGGUGUAUCUUAAAACUAAUCAGAUUAAACAUGAGUGACACUUACCUGGCACGGGUGUGAAAAAAGAAUAGGUCGCAUACAUUUUGCCUUAAUUCUGCUAUAUCUGGACAUCUGGUUUACUUUUGACCUUCUUUCAUCAUCAAAAAAGGUUCUUGGAGAUGUUUGUGAAAAAUAGACUUAUAUUGUUGACUGAUACUGACAGUUUAAAUGAUGUGAAAUUGAAAAAAUAUUGUAAUGACUAGAAGUACUCAAAAGUAAGAACCAAACGCCUUGAACUCUUUGAAUUAUGCUUUAUUGAUGAGCUGCUAGUUUAAUACAAGCUGUUGUCACAGCCACAGCUCACACUGAACUCUUUAACACACAGGACCGAAGAUGUAAGCCCUGCUUCCUCUAAAACAUAAGUCUAAUUCUCUGUUUACAAUGCACCAAACCAUUCAUAAAACAUCACACCCCCUCCUGACAUAACAUGGACAUAAUAAACAAACAAUUACAAUGCUAUUACACCGUAUAACAGCUUUGAGGACAUAAUAAAGUCCUCGGUGCAUUUCAGUGCGCAACAGUAAUCCACAAUCUCCUAUAAAUUUUGUUCACUGCAGAUCACACAUGGCCCACACCAUUAUUUUCUAUGGAAGUUCUCAGCUGCGACCACUGCCCGUAUGGGGUUUGGAGGUGCAUGCUGGGACUGCGUGAUGACAAAUGCAGGAGCUCUAUACCUUUUGUUCUUUUGAGGUUGAUAAUUCCAGAUCUGAAAUUAUGCAAAUCAUUCUAGUGAAGGUGUAUGGAGUUGUGUGGAGCACGUCCUGUAAAUGCCACAUGACAUCACAAGAUAGAGUGUUUUAUGUUUGAAAGAAACACAGUUGUCCAAAAGCACAUUUAAAAAGCAAUAUUUUGAAAAAUGUUUUAAUAAUUUAUCAGUUUAUAAAGUUUCAGAAACAGAUUUUGAAUAAAAUUAUAUGUCUUAUGCUGAUUAACCCUGAGGAAGCUUUUAGACUUUUAAUAUAUAGAUUGUUUUCAGUCUAUGAGAAAUAUGAGUGGGAAAUUUACUUCUGGAACAGUGGGCUGGCUAUGUUGAGCUCUUUUUACAUUUUACCUGCCUCCAUCUCAAUUAAUAUAGACAUAGAGAACAUUGUAAAAAGACUGAGCUAAUUGAGUUAUUUAAUCCUUUACAGGUUAAGAUUUUGUUUGUCCUGGAUGAGGGCUCGGGCAGUCUUGAUGGACCUGCUGUUGUGUACAUUUUACACUCAGUCACUUCAUUAAUGAUAGCUUGGAACACGUAUGUCUAAAUUUACAGAAUUACCACAACUGAAAAAGGGUCAGCAGUAUUAAAGCUCAGUGUGUCAAUACCUCCCAUAAACCACCCACCAUAAUGUUUGGCUCCACUCAAAUGAAGGCAGCGACUAGCUUGUUAGCUAUGUGCAUUUAUAUAUACCGUCUAUAAUGCCUCCCCAAGAAACCAUCAUUGGCAUAUUGACAGCAGCGGUUAAAAGGUAAAUCAGUUUCAAUCAUUUGUUUGGAACUUGCAUUUCUUAAGUAGAUCUAAGAGGUUUAUUAAAUGUUGUUAUUCUUAUUCUUUGGGCACCUCAGUAAAUUGUUAGCCUUUUAGGAGGGAUCAGUUUGCACAGGUCAGUAAGUUAAUUAUUUAUUCUCUCUUAUGACUGGCUUCUUAUUCAACAACACUUCUGCAUUAAAACUGGGGUAACUUUUUAACAGAUAGAUACUAUCCAAAUGUAUGAAUGUUUGGGCAUAUACAGUUUUAGAACAACUUUUCGAUCAGCUCCUCUCCAACGAGUUACGAUGCACCCGUACUUUCUUCUGCAUUUCAAUUUGUGAUCAAUAAAACACAUUUUGCAACUUAGGGAUACAAAAUCUGCUCAUUUCCAAGCAAAUAAGUUGAGUAUAUGGCUGGGAGAUAUUGACAAAAAUGUAUAUCUUCAUUUUUUAUUACUUUAUUUUUUGCCCUUUUGCAUCUUGAUGAAAAUAUUCAGAAUAUAUUUUACUGAUGCGUCAGGAAUGUGGUCAAAUGUGCUUGUAAAUGUGUUGGUUAAAGUUCAGUUAAUAUCUCACAAAAAAGUUAAAAUUAACCACAAAAGUGCAGAAAUAUCACUUAGUACAAUUGUGCGGGACCUCUCAAAUCUCCAACUCUCAAAUCUGUGGCUGUUUUCACCAUUGAUUGGCAGGGUCAUGGAAAUGAAUGAGACAACCAAUGCAUUUGUGAGGACCACUACAGCUAUCACAAUGUUUAAUGGAGGAGUGAAGGAUAAUGUGAUUCCUUCAUACGCAGAAGCAUUUGUGAAUUUAAGAAUCCACUCGGCACAGUCACUAAAAGAGGUCUUGGAGUUUGUGGAGACCACCAUUGGAGACCCUCGUGUGAAGAUGGAUAUUGUUAAAGGAUUUGAUCUAUUGCCUGUCAACCCCUACAAUGAAACAUCUUUGGGAUAUCAACUCAAAAACAGUUCUGGACCUGUAUCCAUCUGUGACUGUUGUUCCAGCUCCUUUGGGGGGACCCUGAAGCCCAGGCCAGCUAAGAGACAUAGUCCCUCCAGUUCCUCCACGCACAUGGCCAGAACAAGUCCCCAGAGAGGUCCAACCAGUUGGCCUCCAGCCUUUUACCUCCACCCUUUUAUUUCCACCCUUUCUUGGACAAGCUGAAAACUUCUACAACAUGCAGAAUACACCCACUGAUCUAACUUCCUUCUUCAAUUUUAUUUCCUCAAUCUGUGGCAAGAGUAGGAUUCAGCAGCAAAAACUGAUGGCUCUCUAGCAUGAUGUGCAACUAUCCAUUGGAGAUGCCAACAAUUUCAGGGUGCUUUGUUGGGAUGGCUUCAGCUUCCAUUGGGCACCAUAGUUUUCUAACGCAGAAGUCAGCAGACUUGUUUCUUUCAUUAAGACAUUUUAGAUGAAUAUGCAAUUUAAAAUGUCCAAAUGAUCCAUGGCUGACACAGAUUAUAACUAUACAGCAAACACAAACACAAUAGGUCUUCUUUAAACAUUGCUGCUUUAGAAAUAACCCUGACUCUUUUACUUCACAUUUAUCCAAAAAUGGAUAUUAAGGAACUUCCACUUACACAUUAAACCACUUACUGUAAUCAUAAGAUAUAAGACUAGGGUAGACUCUAAAAAUACACCACAACACAAUCAUGAGGAUUUUUGUAUGUUUUGUGAUUCACAAAAUUUUAAUAAAUACUAUAGAACAAUAAUUAACAGAAUAUAAUGUAAUAUAUAGAGCACUUAAUUAGAAUCAAAAUAAUUAUAUACUUUUGUGACUGAUGCUCAUUCAAAUUAAUACUAAUAAUAAAUGGUAAUAAUCCUAAAUAAAUCAAGAUUCCAGACAAACACAUAUUGAAUACAUCAGAAGACGCAUCAUUAUACAGAAAAUCUACAACUGUUGCACCCAAGCAAAGUUUGUUAGCUAUUGUGUCCACAAACCUCAGAUGUGCAUAGUAAUGACACUUGAUUAUUACUUUUAUUUAACUUUAUCCAACUAGAUUGAAAAAAAAUAUAAAAAUAAAAAUCACCUUCAGGUCAGUUGUUUUUACAGAGGAGAUGUUUGUCAUUGUCAUUGAUUUUUAUUUUUUUCUUUGUGGAUAUCUUAUAGACAUGUUAGUUUCUACCAAAUACUGUUGCAUUAUGAUACCAGAUUAGAGAAGGUUUGGGCAAUAAUAAAAUCUAACUUUUUGGUACAGCACCCAUGUUUUCUGAUAUUGUACUUAAAAAUAAUUUGUUUGGUGUUAAAUAAAUUGUUUUGUUUUCCUGAUUCUAGAAUGUGAUUAUGUUCCAGAUUAGGGGCAGAGGCCACUUCAACCAAGAUUUGAAAAUAAUAUUAAAUAUUAUUUAAGACUGUAGUGAUUAACUGACAUAUAGGUAAAUAAGUAAAGGUAUAUGAGCAGCUGCUAUGUGUGGCUACAGAAUGCUUUUCAGGUAUGUUAUGAAGGGGUUAGUUCCAUUCCGGCAAAACUGUCCAGUGUAGUCAUCCAGGUCCACAGCCCACACACAUACUCCCCCAUAGCCAUUAGACUUAAUAUGUGCCACCUGAAAAUAGAAAUGAAGCACUUUUUAAAAUAAUUGUGAAUAUAUUACUAUAUUUCUAUUUACUUACAUAUACAUGUUUAUAUAAUUAUCCCUUAUUUGUUACCAGUCUCUUACUAUUUUUGCUACUAAUUUAUUAUUGCCAUUCAUAUUUUUUCUUUGUUAUUAUGUUUAUUGUGAUGUGUUCCCUACUGUGUCCAAGUAAUUUCCCUUGUGUAUCAAAUACAUUUUUCUAAGUCUAAGAAUGUUAAAGGUGCACUAUGUAACUUUUCUGUGUGAGGGUACACCACCUACUCCUCUUCAUAGAAAUGUCAAUGCUUUGUGUCUGAUUUAAUUGCUUAAAAAUACCUUCUUGAUAAGACUGAUACGUAAAUGGAACAUUCAUACGGUGGAACAUUCCUGGCAAAGCAAUCUAUAGAGACAAGCAGGUGGCAUACUCUUCUCUAGAAAGGUUACAUAGUGCAAUUUAAAAAAUGCAAAGUACUUAACAUCUGCAAUAAAAAGGAACUGUACCUUUGCAUCAAGACUGUCAGUGUUGUCAUA